AUGGUCUACUGUUCCACUAGCUUCUGUGGAUUUCCUGCCUGCUCCACUGGUGGGACCUGUGGCUCCAGCUGCUGUCAGCCAACCUGCUGCCAAACCAGGUGUUGCCAGCCAACCUUCUGCCAGACCAGUGGCUGUGAGACUGGCUGUGGCAUUGCUGGUAGCAUUGGCUGUGGCCAGGAGGGAGGCAGUGGAGCUGUGAGCUGCCGCACCAGGUGGUGCCGACCUGACUGCCGCGUGGAGGGCACCUGCCUGCCUCCCUGCUGUGUGGUGAGCUGCACCCCCCCGUGCUGCUGCCAGCUGCACCAUGCCCAGACCUCCUGCUGCCGCCCAUCCUACUGUGGACGGUCCUGCUGCCGCCUAGCCUGCUGCUGCCAGCCCACCUGCUGUGAGCCCACUUGCUGGCAGCCCACCUGCUAA